AUGCGGUGGUGUGUAUUGUUUUUAUACCUAAUUAUUCAAGAAUGCAACUCGCAAAUGAGACGUGAUAUAUUAUACCAAAUUGCGGGAGUAUUCGGAGACAAUGCAUUAACACAACGCUUAGCGUUUGACGAUAGUAUGAAAGAUGCAAGCGCAGAUGACUACAGACUGGAACCCAUUAUUGUAGAAUCUUCCAGAAAUGAUAUAUUCUCAACAUGGCGAGAUUUGUGCUCAAACAAAAUAAUGCAACCUAUAGCCAUAUUAGGUCCACAAAACCCGUUAAAAAACGCAGCAAUUAUGAACCAAUGCGCAAUUUCCAAAAUACCACAUUUACAAGCAGCAUGGCAACCUCCAGAGCCUGAUUAUGAAAUCGAAAACAUAAUUGAAGCAGAAAAUAGAACAGACAGUGAAAAUAAGGAAACUCCCGCAUAUAAUAAGAUAUCUAUUAAUUUUUUUCCACCGGGUGAAGAGAUUUCUAACGCAUAUGCUGCAUUAUUGAGGUACUACAAAUGGGAAAAUUUCGCAGUACUUUAUGAAGACAUUAAUGGAUUAAUGCGCAUACAGAAAAUUCUAGCUGAAUACACAGAUAAGUAUCCUGUUAUUAUACGUCAACUAGAGCCCGACGGUGACAACUACAAAGUGUUUAAGGAAUUAAAAAGUGGUCAAGAAACACGGUUUUUAAUUGACUGUCACGUGGAUAACAUUCUAAAAUACAUGGAUAUCGUAACAAUGUUAAAUUUAGAUGACUUUUACCAGCACUACAUUUUCAUCACUAUGGACACUUCUAUUGUGGCUCAUAAACUUAAUGACUUUCGUUCUAAUAUCACUUGGCUCAGUAUCACAGAAUAUGAUAAAUUAGUUGACGCACAACAUUUCUUAGCUCAAAGAGUAGAGAAAUGGGCAAUUAAUACCAUAUCUCCUCCUGUAACCGACAUGCCGAUAGAAGCUUUGCUUAUGAAUGACGUGGCAAACCAUGUUAUGAAGGCUCUAACAACCUUAGACAAAAAGACAUCAAUUCAGAAACCACCAGUAUUGUCUUGUGACUCUGAUGCAGAAAGUUGGGAAUAUGGGGCGUUACUACAACAGGAAAUUUUAAAAACACAAACAACAGGCGUCUCCGGGAAUAUAGAAUUCGAUGAAAUCGGUAGAAGAAUUAAUUACACGUUAUUCGUAAAUGAAAUACACCUUAAGAAGAGGCAAAUAAUUGGAAAAUGGGAAUCGUCAUCUGGAGAUCAUAUAAUAGAAGAUAGGCCAGAAUCAGACAGCAUUGGUAAUCAACAAACUAGAAAACAUUUUUACAUCAUAUCACGAAAAGCCAAACCUUAUUUUUACGAAAAGGAAAAAUGCAAUUCCGAGGAGUGUGAGGAAGACGAUGGCGAAAAAUAUGAAGGAUUUUCUGUUGAUCUCGUCAAACAAAUUUUUGAAACACUAAAGGAAGAAAACUAUAACUACACGUAUUCUUUUAAAUCUGAUAAAAAUUACGACUACGGUACUUACGAUAAAGACAAGAAGAAAUGGAACGGUUUAAUUGGAGAGUUGUUGGACAAAAAAGCUGAUUUAGCAGUUUGUGAUUUGACAAUUACAGAAGAAAGAAAAAAGGUUGUGGACUUCUCUGUACCUUUUAUGUCCCUGGGAAUAAGUAUUCUGUACAUCCAGGAAAAGAAAGCGGACCCUGAAAUGUUCUCUUUUAUGAACCCAUACACCUUUGAAGUAUGGAUAUGCGUUGCUACAGCAUAUUGUAUUGUCUCUAUGGUUUUAUUUGUUUGUUCAAGGAUAUCACCUGCUGACUGGGAAAAUCCACAACCUUGCGAUAAGGAUCCGGAGGAACUUGAAAAUAUAUGGAAUUUCAAAAAUUGUGCCUGGUUAACAAUGGGCUCUAUUAUGACACAAGGAUGCGAUAUCUUGCCUAAAGCAUUUGGCACAAGAUGGGUCUGCGCUAUGUGGUGGUUCUUCGCUGUAAUUGUCUGUCAAACAUAUAUCGCCCAGUUGUCAGCAUCUAUGACUACAGCUUUAGAAAAUGUACCUAUUAAUAGUGUGGAAGAUUUGGCAAACCAAAACAAAGUUCUAUACGGUGCUGUUAAAGGUGGCUCCACAUUUAACUUUUUUAAGAACUCAAAAGAUAAAAUGUAUAAGCGAAUGUAUGAAAAUAUGAUCGCUAAUGAUGUAGUUUUAGUUAGAAACAAUGAUGAGGGUGAGAGAAGAGUUCUUGCCGGUAAAGGAAAAUAUGCUUUUUUCAUGGAAUCGGUAACUAUCGAAUACAAAUUAAAAAGAGAAUGCGAUCUAAAAAAGGUCGGCGUAGAAUUGGAUUCAAAGGAUUAUGGUAUUGCUAUGCCUGCAAACUCCCCCUUUAGGACUCAUAUAAAUAGAGCUAUUUUGAAAUUAAAAGAAUCAAACGCUUUAGAUAAAAUUAAAAGGAAAUGGUGGGAAAAUAAAUAUGGAGCGAAAACUUGUAAAAAACCAGAUGACAAAAAUGAUGUCGAAGGUGACUUGGAAAUUGAAAAUUUGAUUGGUGCUUUCAUUGUUUUAAUCGUAGGUCUUAUACUGUCGCUAUUCAUUACUGCAGCAGAAUUUAUGAACGAAGUACGAAAUAUAGUUAUUCGUGAAAAGGUGACACAUAAGGAAGCCUUUACCAAGGAGUUAAAAGCGUCGUUGAAUUUCUUUCAACUUCAAAAGCCUGUAUUCCGCAACCCUAGUCGCGCUCCAUCUCAAGCUUUUUCCACCACCAGUGUUACUAAAGAACAACGUCAUAAUGCAAUCGAUAAUUUCCUAGAUUUUGAAAAAGAUCAUCAAUAA